AUGUCGAAAAGAUACACCGGGGUGUUGGAGAGGCUCCCGCUGCAUUUCCGGGACUUUUUCAUGAGAAGAGCGGACCAAUCACAGAUCCCGGCGUUUCGCUCCCAGGGGAAAUUCAUUCCUGAGGAAAAAAGGUACACUAGGCCCGAACAGUGGAAAGUGCUUGAAGGAGACCGGGUGAUGUUUGUGAAAGGUCCAAACAAGGGAAAAAUCGGUAAAGUGCUUGGGCUGCAACCGUUCACAAAUAGCAUUUACACGGACAUUGCUGAGACUGAGCCGCUUUCCGUCCCUAAACAACUCUGGCAGGAAGGUCAGAACGAGUAUCUCAUCGACUAUCCAAAGACUGUUUCGCCCGACGAUGUCAGGGUGGUGACGACGAUGGUGAAGGAGGACGGCACUGAGUACGAUAUUGUGGCCGAGGAGGUUGUUUUUAAUGGCAAAUAUUUCGAUGAGGACUACAAGAAAAUGAUGCCUAUUCGGAGAGUGAAAUACCACGAACACAUAAUUAUUCCCUGGCCUAGGCCUGAUCCGGCAGAAGACUGUGUUUUUUCGACUCCACCAGAGAUGGCUGAAGAGAGAUCACAUAUUGAAAACUCGAUUCUGCAUUUCGAACAGCCGGCAGACUUCAAAAUUGAGUCGCUCAGAGACCCUAUCAUGAAGAGACCGUACAAAUGGGACAAGCAGGUGUUGAAGAAAGGAGACAUUACAAAGCUGACAGCUCCAGGAAUUCCAUACAGUGAGACCAAGAAGGCUAUGUUCGAGGAGAGAAAACAGAUUAGAGAGUCUCAAAUCACUGAGAUGUCUGCCGAAGUGAUGGAGUUCAUUGGAUCGAGAGUUGCUGAGCAUCUCAACAAUGUGACCGAUCCAGAUUUCAAACGGUACGUGGACAAAGUAUCGGGAGAAUACAGAAAGCAGAAACUGGCAAGAAGAGAGAAGGAGAAACAUCUGCAGGACUUGCAAAUCAAAGAGGCCCAAAAACGUAACAAACGAGCUAAAGAAGCUAAUGCUCAAUAGCAAUAUGUAUAUAUAAACGAUUAACAUUUAUCAUUUCCUAUAACUUCUCAUAUUCGAGCUUGCCUUCCAGUUUCUUGUUGUCGACCAUCUUUCUCACAGCCUUCAUCAAGUCGCUUUGAAUAAUGUAGUCUCUGUCCUCUCUGAUGGCAAAAAAUCCGGCCUCGGUGACUACGUUACGGAUAUCUGCACCGUUGAAACCGUCACUCAUCUUGACCAGCGCCUCAAAAUCAAACUCUCCCUGCUUCUUGAUCUUCGAAGUAUGAAUCUUGAAAAUCUCGAGUCUUCCGCUCUCGUUUGGCAAUGGAAUCUCAAUCUUCCUGUCCAGUCUUCCCGCUCUGAGUAAUGCAGGAUCUAAAGUGUCGGGUCUAUUGGUGGCCAUGAUCACCUUUGUCUGUCCAAGGUAGUCGAAACCGUCCAUCUGAUUAAGCAGCUCCAUCAGCGUUCUCUGGAUCUCUCUGUCUGCGGACGUUCCCUCGGAAAAUCUACGGCCUCCAAUGGCGUCGAUUUCGUCCAUGAAGAUGAUACAUGGCUCGUGUUCUUUUGCGUAGCUGAACAUUUCUCUAACCAGCCUUGCCGACUCUCCAAUAUACUUGUCGACGAUGGCCGAGGCAGGCGAGAAAAUGAAAUUUGCGCCGAUCGUCGCAGCCACAGCCUUGGCCAGCAGCGUCUUCCCUGUUCCCGGCGGACCGUACAACAGCACAUCUUUAGGGGGCUUGAUACCCACUCUGAUGAAUAGCUCCGGGUUCUUGAGCGGCAGUUCAAUCACCUCUCUCAAUUCACGAACCUGUUCGGUCAGACCUCCAAUACCGCUGAACGAAAUUUCGCCCGGCUCAAACGUUGUCAUAUUGUACACCAAUGGGUCCACCUCUCGUGGCAAGAUGCGCAUGAUGGUCAAUGUGGUCAUGUCCAGCGCCACACGCACCCCCUUCUUCAACUUUUCCCGCUUGAUGGUCGACCGGCAACCGACUAUGUAUCGUGGUCCUGAAGAGGCCUUCACUAUGAAUCUUUCCUCGUCCAACUGCUUUAGCACUUCACCGAUGAUCUGGCCGAUAGAUUGCAAUGCCUUGAUAUCAUCCUCUGUCUUGGAGAACUUUUUCUCGAGGUCUCGUAUUCCCAAGCGAGCCUCUUUUAGGCGACUCUCCCAUUGACUGUGUUCUAUCAGCUUGUUUUUCAGCCCAGUGAGCGCCGAUUUGCGCAUCGACUCUUCUGACGACUCUUGCGGCUGCGAGGAUGUCUCGCCUCCGGUGUUGGAGCCCUGGCCGUCCUCAUUGAGCGCCGCGAGCAAUGGAUCGUGUUCUUGGCUCAUUGCUGUAAAUAAACCAGU